UCAGUUUCUGACAGUGAGGUUUUUGGUGGCGGUCGGCUUGCGGCUCAGCUGUUUUUCAUCGAUUGCGACAUUACCAUAUUCUUCCUACUGUUUACAAAAUUGUAUAACCCGUUGGGGUUCCGCUGUGCUAUGAUAUCUCUAAAUUCUUGCCAGGAGUUGGGCAUCGACACGGAAUCCGAUGAGAUGGACGAGGAUGACAACGAAAACACAAUUGCCCAACCAACAAGAAGUCCACAGCUACGCAGCUUUGUUUGGGGAUACUUCAAAGACAUUCCGGAUAAUCCAAAUUCCAAACUUUGCAGUAUUUGUAAUUUAAUAUUUGCCAAUAAGUCCACCAAUCUAGCUCGCCACCUGUUAAGUGUCCACAAAAUUAAAAGCCAAAAUCAAAAACCAUUUGUCAAGGAUGAAAAUCGUAGUGGCAGGCGCACCAAAAGCUUCAUCUGGAAAUAUUGUAGACGUAUCAAUGAUAGACAAGCACUCUGUCUUUUGUGUGACAAACUCUUUUAUUUUGGCGGCGGAAAUACAACAAACAUGACCAAGCAUUUACGGAGGAAACAUGCAGGAAGUAUUGACUGUUUUACUCCGACAUCGCCUAAAAAGGAUCGUAAGACUACUAGUUACGUAUGGAACUAUGUUACCAAACUACCGAACAAUCAGGUUCGCUGCUCUAUAUGUCAUUCUAAAAUGAGAUUUCACGGAACGGCCAAUCUGAUCAAACAUCUAAGUACACACAAAAUAAUGGGAGAUAAGACAUCACCCGACGACCCACAGGCAAAGUCAACAGAUGAUCCCUUGCCAAGCAAGGAACACUUUAAAUGUGAAAUGAGCUUUGACGAUGUCGAAGACGUAGAGGAGCAAAUGUCGACCCACAUGUCAGACUGCCACAGCACGCAAACCCCACUAAGAGGGACGAACACGGAUUCCAUAGACGAAUCCCAAAGCGAUGAAAAUGUAAAAGAAGCAGUCACCAUUUGGAACGAUGACAAUGUUGAGACCCAUCAGGACUCACCUUCAAUUAUAGACGAUGAAGAACUUUAUAAUGAUCUUAUCGAGGAAGAUCUAAAUAGCAGUGCAAACUUAACUGCACCAAUAGAAUGUGAGACCACUACUUCCAUUUCAGAAAAUCCAACAACAAUUGAGGUUAUCGACAAUCUAGAGGACCCUGAUCAGGACGAUGAGUUGGAUUUAAUUUCAUUGGAAGAUUCUGAAGCCACAUCCCGAAUAAUUCAGCUUAAAGAGGAGUUGCUACGCCAGCAAACAAACUAUUUCAAUGAAAAGGCUGGUUACUAUCGCAUGCAAAAAUAUCUGGUGGCAUUGCAGGUUAAAAAAGAGCGCCUUGAGUUUGAAAUGCUUAGCAAAAGCCACAACCAAAUGAUCCCCUAAAUUUGUGUUUAUGUUUAUAGUACAAAUCAUGUAGAUUGCAUUUAAUGAUAGUUGUAUUUUAUUCUUAUAGGGUUGAGCGGAAAGUUCAUUUAAAGAUCAAUUGUAAAUAUUUUUAUUAAACAGUGACGAUUAAA